CUCCAGGAUAAUCGUCUGCUUCGCAUCGAAGUGGAACCCCUUGAAGAACGUUCGACCCUCUUUGACGGGCUGACUGUGUCGCCCAGUCGGUACGAAACCGCGGAGGGCGGCGGCACUCCACUUUCAUCGGCGGACGCAAUAACCAAAACAUCCCAAGCUCCUCCGGUGGAUAAUCUGGGGAGUCUCAAGAUUAUUAACAGUCCUGAAGAAGAUCGUACGGGCGACGCCAUCUUCCCCGACGGUCUCGUUCUGCCUCGGACAGAACCGCCAUUCCCGCCCACUUACUCUACCUCUCCAAAACUGAAGGAUGUCUGCACGCCUGCCACUGACGAGGACGUGUCUGCCGAACUUCAACAAUUUGUCACUGUGGCAAAGAAGCCUACCAAACCGCCAUCCGGCGUUGUCGUUGGCGAUCGAACGCCCAAGUUCCAGGUGACUUAC